UACCAAUGAGUGAUCCUGAGUCUGAUGGGGACUUACAUCCAAUUGAGCUUAUUGCCCACUCGGUAUUGAGUGGUCCCUUGGACAGCUUGAACGAGAACUUUGAUCUGCUUCACCAAUCCCAGGUAAUUUUGCUCACGAGGUUAAAACUCAUUGAGGAGCGACUUCAGAAGUUCGAAGACGCCCACAGCACCAUCGAUAAAAAGGACGUGUCAGCGGUUCUACAACGGGUCAAAACCAUCCGCAAGCGCCUUCAUGCCACAAAGAAACGAAUGGACAAGAUAGACAAGAGAGUGGACGGUAUGGGUGAGAGGUUGGAUGUAGAGUGA